AUGUGGGCAUACGGACUGCUACUGAGGCGGGGGAAACCGACGCACCCGGCGGGGGAAACCGACGCACCCGGCGGGGGAAACCGACGCACCCGGCGGGGGAAACCGACGCACCCGGCGGGGGAAACCGACGCCCCCGGCGGGGGAAACCGACGCCCCCGGCGGGGGAAACCGACGCCCCCGGCGGGGGAAACCGACGCCCCCGGCGGGGGAAACCGACGCCCCCGGCGGGGGAAACCGACGCCCCCGGCGGGGGAAACCGACGCCCCCGGCGGGGGAAACCGACGCCCCCGGCGGGGGAAACCGACGCCCCCGGCGGGGGAAACCGACGCCCCCGGCGGGGGAAACCGACGCCCCCGGCGGGGGAAACCGACGCCCCCGGCGGGGGAAACCGACGCCCCCGGCGGGGGAAACCGACGCCCCCGGCGGGGGAAACCGACGCCCCCGGCGGGGGAAACCGACGCCCCCGGUGUGUGCCUCAUGGUUGACACUGCCAUCUCCUCCAUGGGGAUGACAGUUCAUACUUUUGGCUGCUGUUACAGUCAAGACUUUUCCUCUGAGCACAGCAACAUUGGAAUCUAG